GCCUGUUCCAGAAGGCCAUCGCGCAGAGCGGCACGGCCAUCUCCAGCUGGGCCGUCAACUACCAGCCGCUCAAGUACGCGCGGCUGCUGGCGGCCAAGCUGGGCUGUGAGCGGGCGGACACGGGCGCCGCCGUCGAGUGCCUGCGGCGCCAGCCCUUCCGCGCCCUGGUGGACCAGGACGUGCAGCCGGCGCGCUACCACGUGGCCUUCGGGCCGGUGGUGGACGGCGACGUGGUGCCCGACGCGCCCGAGAUCCUCAUGCAGCAGGGCGAGUUCCUCAACUACGACAUCCUCAUGGGCGUCAACCAGGGCGAGGGCCUCAAGUUCGUGGAGGAGUCGCUGGAGAGCGAGGACGGCGUGUCCGCCUCCUACUUCGACUUCACCGUCUCCAACUUCGUGGACAACCUCUACGGCUACCCCGAGGGCAAGGACGUGCUGCGGGAGACCAUCAAGUUCAUGUACACGGACUGGGCGGACCGCGACAACGGCGAGACGCGCCGCAAGACGCUGCUGGCGCUCUUCACCGACCACCAAUGGGUGGCGCCGGCGGUGGCCACGGCCAAGCUGCACGCCGACUACCAGUCGCCCGUCUACUUCUACACGUUCUACCACCGGUGCCCGGCGGAGGGGCGGCCCGAGUGGGCGGAGGCGGCGCACGGCGACGAGAUCCCCUACGUGUUCGGGGUGCCGCUGGCGGGCGCCAGCGACCUCUUCCCCUGCAACUUCUCCAAGAGCGACGUGCUGCUCAGCGCCGUCGUCAUGACCUACUGGACCAACUUCGUGCAGACCCCGCCCCGCAGGGACCCCAACCAGCCGGUGCCGCAGGACACCAAGUUCCUGCACACCAAGCCCAACCGCUUCGAGGAGGUGGUGUGGGGCCGCUAG